AUGGAGCCCUUCCAAGUGCGCCUCAAUUGCGUGGAUCACUACCAAACAACCCCAACCGAGUUUGAUCCUCCUCUCCCCUACAGGGAUGGCGCGGCCGGAAAAUAUGACAGGCCCAAAGUCCCAGUCAUCCGAAUAUUCGGCGCGACUGAGACCGGCCAGAAAGUUUGUGUGCAUGUACACGGCGCGUUUCCGUAUCUCUACGUCCAAUAUGACGGGAGCUUACAACCGGAAGAUGUCCGCUCCGCCAUAAGGAGUCUGCACCACUCUAUUGAUCAUGCACUUGCGGCGAGCUAUCGUCGCAAUGCGUAUGAUAAAAGAGCUGUUUAUGUCGCCCAUAUCACGCUGGUAAAGGGUGUCCCCUUUUACGGCUACCAUGUGGGAUACCGGUUCUUCUUCAAGAUCUACCUCCUCAGCCCGCUUUACACGACGAGAUUGGCCGACCUGCUCAUCCAGGGCGCUGUUCUCAAGCGACCUCUGCAGCCGUACGAAAGCCAUCUCCAGUAUGUACCCCAGUGGAUGUGCGAUUAUAGUUUGUAUGGGUGCGCAUAUAUGAAAUGCGGCAAGGUCAAGUUCCGGUCACCAGUCCCGGAGUGGCUGGAGCUGAAUGAUUUAUCCCACCACUGGCAUGAUCGAUCGAUAUCGCCGGAUUGCAUUUCGGAUGAGUCGGCUCUCCCGAAGCAAAGCCACUGCCCGCUCGAAGUGGACAUCUGCGUCCAAGACAUAUUGAACCGCCUAGAAAUUAAGGAACGACCGAUUCACCACGAUUUUACCGAGUUUCUCCACCCUGUAUCGGUCAAUGAGCGGCUCGUCCCAAGCAUGGCUGGAUUGUGGCAAGAUGAAACUCGCCGGCGCAAGAAACGUCUCGGACUUAAUGACCCGGAAAGCAGCCCGUUUGGCCCUGAAGAUCUGGUCUCGCUCUCGGCUGACCCGCGGAGUUCUACAAAGGGUGGUUGGAUCCAUGAGGAGGAGUACCUUCAGAUGGCUGCGGAAAUUGCUGCCGAGGAGAGACGUCAAUUUGACGGGAGAGACAGAACAGUGGAGAACUUUUUGCCCGAGAAUCCGUUUGAGCAACACAUCAAGACAGCGCUGGAGAGUGUCGAGGAUUUCUACCUCGGUACACAGGAGACCAACCCCCAGGUCCACCAGGAACAGCUUCUGGAUAACCCCGAAUACGAAGGCGGACAUGAAGAGAACGCAGAUUGGGCGUUCGCAAGUGAUGGCUCUUACAAUUCGGAUGAUGCUAAUGUUGCUGAUCUCUUUGCCGACGAAGAGAGCGAGGGUGGCUACACCGAUGUUGCGGAUGAUGAAAUGGUUCUGCUGGAUUUGCCGUCCCAAAACGAUGACCUGCUGGGCAUUUCGGACAGGUUGAAGUACUUGAACUCACCGGAGAACAUAAAGAAGGAUAUUCGCAAAGCAAAACGCACCCUUCAAAGCCCGCAGACCAUAAAUCAACAGACACCGGCAAAGAGGAGGAAGUACUUUGAUGAUGACGUCUCGCAAAGCGCGGCUAAGCAGCCCCGAGAUUUCACUAGUUACGUUGGAAUUUCGAAAGGUGCCAACACUGAAAAUAAGGCUGAUAGUGGUCCUACUGCGCACUACGUGGAACCUUCCUCGCAGGGGAGGCCUCCAGCGUCUCAGUCAAAUCUUCACUCUGCGUCGAGCAGCCAGAAACAGAACAGCCGACUCAAUUUCCCUGUUGUGAAAAACCCAAAUGAUCCCUUGACAAUCCAGCGUUACAGCCAGGAAGGUGGCUCUUUCAAGGCAACCCAGGAUAUCAUAGAGAACAAGGCGCUUACCGAGCCAAGCUCAGGCUCUGGCGAACAUAAAGGUGAUGUCAGUUCAUCAUUGCAGUCAUCCUUCGAAGCCAGCUUGAGUGAAGUGAAUCCGUUUCUGCUGGAACUAGCCCCAAUGAUCCAUAACAAAUUCGCCAUCCCACCAAGCAGACCGGUGUUGUGUUGGCGACCGCCUUGCCCUAGCCAGAACGAGGUCACUUCGACUCUUGGCGACUAUGGCUACCCAUCUGUUAUAUACCAGAAAGCUCAUUACAGCAACGAGGAUGACGUGCCAGAUCGAUCACGCGAUUACGGGGGAAGGGAGUUUCGACUUGAAGGGAGUGGAAUCCAUUAUCUACCGGACUUCGAUCCGUCUGGACGCUCAUUGGCCAUGACGGGCGAACAAGGCCCAACAUCAAGAGAUAAGCAAGAGCAAGAGAAGACUGACAAGCGCCUGAGAGAGCUUUCUACCAGUAAAGUCUGGGAAUUUGCCCCAGUGCCCCCGACUCGCUCCGAGGUUAUAGAGUGGUUGGAAUCCGAACAAAGAGCUGUGCAUACUGCGCAAUCCAAAGGAAUCCAGCAGGAGCCCAAAACGAAACCCAAUAUCCUGUCGCAGAUCGAAGGCCCCACGCAAAAGAAUGAAUACGGAUUUAAAUAUUCUCAAAAAAGCAAGUCAACUAGCGUCGAACAUCACACACAGUAUAUGAGCUCGAUGAGCCUCGAAGUCCAUGUCAACACACGUGGUGUUCUGUCGCCAAACCCAGACGAGGAUGAAAUUACUUGUCUGUUUUGGUGUAUUCAAUCGGAGGACGACUCUGUGGACGUGAAUAGCUACCUUCCGGGUACUCAUGUGGGACUGAUCUUCCAGGGCGACGGCAACAGGCCGGAGGAGAAGCUGUCCAAAGCUCUCAAGAUUUCUAUGGAGCACGAGUCCACGGAGCUCGAGCUGAUCAAUCGACUCAUUGAUAUCGUCCGGUAUCAUGACCCCGAUAUCAUCACCGGAUAUGAAGUCCACAACGGUUCAUGGGGCUAUGUGAUUGAGCGAGCCCGCAAGAAAUACGACUUCGACCUCUGCGAAGAGCUAGCAAGGGUCAAGUCACAGUCGCAUGGCCGGUUCGGCAAAGAUGCGGACAGAUGGGGGUUCACCCACACUUCUUCCAUUCGUGUGACUGGGCGUCAUAUGAUCAACAUCUGGCGAGCCAUGCAGAACGAGCUGAACCUGCUUCAAUACACUAUGGAGAAUGUGGUGUUCCACUUGCUGCAUCGACGGAUCCCUCAUUACUCAUUCCGCGACCUCACAGAAUGGUAUCAGAGCGGCAAACCUCGCAACCUCCUCAAGGUCAUCGACUAUUUCGUCUCCCGUGUGCAAAUGGAUCUCGAGAUCAUCGAUGCAAACGAACUGAUCCCCAGGACCAGCGAACAAGCGAGACUCCUGGGGGUCGACUUCUAUUCCGUCUUUGCCAGGGGAUCUCAGUUCAAGGUUGAAUCGCUCAUGUUUCGUAUUGCCAAACCGGAGAAUUUCCUUCUAGUCUCACCAAGCAGAAAGCAAGUCGGCCAGCAGAACGCCCUCGAAUGUCUUCCCCUAGUCAUGGAGCCGCAGAGCGACUUCUACACCAGCCCGCUUUUGGUGCUCGAUUUCCAGUCUCUAUACCCUAGCAUCAUGAUUGCCUACAACUACUGCUAUUCCACGUUCCUAGGGCGAGCACGCCAAUGGCGAGGCAGAGACAAAAUGGGAUUUACCGACUACGCCAGACAGCCUGGACUGCUAGAUCUGUUCAAAGACAAGAUCAAUGUCGCGCCCAACGGCAUGAUCUACGCAAAACCGGAAGUGCGGAAAUCGCUCCUCGCGAAAAUGCUAUCCGAGAUUCUAGAGACCCGUGUAAUGGUCAAGACGGGAAUGAAAAUGGACAAAGACGAUAAGAUGCUCCAGCGUCUCCUCAACAACCGACAGCUCGCGCUCAAGCUCAUCGCCAACGUUACCUACGGCUACACCUCCGCCUCAUUCUCUGGACGCAUGCCCUGCGCCGAAAUUGCCGACAGCAUCGUGCAGUCAGGCCGCGAGACCCUCGAAAAGGCCAUUGCCCUGAUCCACUCCGUGGAACGCUGGGGCGCAGAGGUCGUCUAUGGCGACACCGACAGCCUCUUUGUCUACCUCAAGGGGCGCACGCGGAACGAGGCGUUCGACAUCGGCGAGGAGAUCGCCAAAGCCGUGACCGGCAUCAACCCGCACCCGGUCAAGCUCAAGUUCGAAAAGGUCUAUCACCCGUGCGUCCUGCUCGCCAAAAAGCGCUACGUCGGGUUCAAGUACGAGCACCGCGAUCAGAAGGAGCCCGAAUUCGACGCAAAGGGCAUCGAAACCGUCCGCCGCGACGGCACCCCGGCCGAGCAGAAAAUCGAAGAAAAAGCCCUCAAGCUGCUCUUCCGCACCGCAGACCUCAGCCAAGUCAAGCGCUACUUCCAGGCGCAAUGCACCAAGAUACUGCAGGGCAACGUCUCCAUCCAGGACUUCUGCUUCGCCCGCGAGGUCCGCCUCGGCACCUACAGCGAGCGAGGCCUGCCCCCGCCCGGCGCCCUGAUCAGCACCAAGAAGAUGCUCGAAGACCCGCGCGCGGAGCCGCAGUACGGCGAGCGCGUCCCCUACGUUGUCGUCACGGGGGCGCCGGGCUCGCGCCUCAUCGAUCGCUGCGUGCCGCCCGAAACCCUCCUCCACGACGCGCAGCUGGACCUCGACGCGGAAUACUACAUCACGAAAAACCUCAUUCCCCCGCUGGAGCGGAUUUUCAAUCUCGUCGGCGCCAACGUGCGCCAGUGGUACGACGAGAUGCCCAAAGUGCAGCGGAUCCGUCGCGUCGAAGGCACCGCAUCGUCGUCGGCCACAGGCAGGGAUAUGCGCAAGACGCUCGAAUCCUACAUGAAGGCGUCGGCUUGUAUUGUCUGCCGGACUAAGUUGACAGACACUGACGUUCCGGUGUGCGCGGAGUGCAUGCAGCAGUCGCAUGUUUCGCUGCUUGAUCUUGUCAACCGGCAGCGACAGGCGGAGAAGAGAGUGAUAGAUUUGCAGCGUGUGUGUCGGUCAUGCAUGGGCGCUGCCUUUGGUGACGAGGUCAAAUGCGAUAGCAAGGAUUGUCCCGUGUUCUACUCUCGAACGAGACAUAUGGCUAAUUGGCGGCAUACUAACGCCGUGUUGGAUCCUGUGGUCAAACUCCUGCAAGAAAGGAGUGAUCGCGAGUUGGAAUGGCACACGGAGGACAUUGGUGUUUAUUGGUCUUUUGGGGGUAAUGGUUUUGGCUGGAACAUGAUACCACUGAAUUGCUACUAA